GCCUCAGCUGCGCUCACUGAGCGCCGGAGAUCCGCCGCGUUUGGUGCUCUGAGUCCGAAGCCGAACACAGAAGACACUUUACCGGAUUGCCUCGAGAGUUUAUUCCGGUUCAGACGCCUGCAGCUGCGGUUGGAUUGUGUUCUCUGAUCUGCAGUCAGUAAAUCAUCAAUCAAUUUCAAUAUGGCCAAGAAGAAGAUGGAUAGCAUCGGGCGGAGCGGGAUGAUGGCACUCUUGCUUCUGUGUAAUCUGACAAAGAUUUUUGUAAAGGCGAGCCUGGAGGUCAAUGAAACCCAGCAGCAGCAUCCAACCAACGUCUACCAUGAUAUGGGAGUCACCAGGAACAAGAUAGUUACAGCGCAGUUUGAGUGCUAUCAAAAGAUAAUGAAGGACGAUCCCCAAAGCAGACAAGAGCCCAUGUGUAAUCGCACAUGGGAUGGCUGGCUGUGUUGGGAUGACACCAAGGCAGGUGUGAGCUCAGAGCAGCACUGCCCCGACUACUUCCAGGAUUUUGAUCCUUCAGAGAUGGUUACAAAGAUUUGCACCGACAGUGGACAGUGGUUCCUGCAUCCGGAGAGCAACCGGACGUGGACCAAUUACACCCGCUGCAAUGAACACACCAAUGAAGGCAGAGUGACGGCAAUGAAUCUUUUCUACUUAGCUCUCAUAGGACAUGGCCUAUCACUCACCUCCCUCUUCAUCUCCCUCGGAAUAUUUUUCCAUUUCAAGAGUUUAAGUUGCCAAAGGAUCACACUUCACAAAAACCUCUUCUUCUCUUUUGUUCUCAACUCUGUGAUCACCAUCAUUUUGCUGACAGCAGUGGCAAACAACCAGGAGCUGGUGCAGAGGAAUCCAACGAGCUGUAAAGUGUCUCAGUUCAUUCAUCUGUACCUGUUUGGCUGCAAUUACUUCUGGAUGCUGUGUGAGGGAAUCUACCUGCACACUCUCAUCGUGGUGGCUGUGUUUGCUGAGAAGCAGCACCUGAUGUGGUACUAUCUUUUAGGCUGGGGCUUUCCUCUCAUUCCAGCUUCCAUCCAUGCUGUUGCUCGGAGUUAUUACUACAACGACAACUGUUGGAUUAGCUCCAAAACAUCGCUACUCUACAUCAUCCACGGUCCUAUCUGUGCUGCUCUUUUGGUCAAUCUGUUCUUCCUACUAAACAUCGUGCGAGUGCUCAUCACCAAACUGAAGGUGACCCAUCAAGCGGAGUCUAGUCUCUACAUGAAAGCCGUGAGAGCCACCCUCAUCCUGGUGCCUCUUCUGGGAAUCCAGUACGUCCUGCUUCCCUACAAGCCCGAGGGACGGGUCUCGUCCGAAAUAUAUGACUACAUCAUGCACAUACUAAUGCAUUACCAGGGUCUGCUGGUGGCCACCAUCUUCUGCUUUUUCAAUGGAGAAGUCCAAGCGGUUCUGAGGAGGCACUGGAACCAGUAUCAUAUCCAGUUUGGCAGCAGCGUAGGAAACCACUCUGACGCGCUGCGUUCAGCCUCCUACACGGCUUCCUCCAUCACAGAGGUACAGGGCUGCUACAGCAUUGACAGCCACACAGAACACAUGAACGGCAAGAGCUGCCUCGACGCUGACGCCUCCAUCUUAAAGUCAGACAACCCCUUCGCCUGACGACCACACCUCUCCCAAGCCCUGCCUGCCCCGCCCCUUAAACCCGCAGCAUGUUUGGAGCCCGGUGGCAAACAGGGAUACUCACCUCUUCCUAAAGAUACAAUGUCGGAAGCUAUGAGUGAGAAAAAGGAUUGUACGCCCACCUGAAGGAAAACGUCACGACUUUCUUACACCAACACGGGCCCUUUAACAACAGUACUGUACGGUGAGCUCAAUACAACUAUUCCUGCGCUGUGUUUUGUCUACAAUAUGACACUGAACUGCUCCACUUGACCCAAGAAGCAUUCUGAUAAUCACAAAUAUGGUUGCAAUCUUUCUGCCUGACAAAAUCGUUUUGAAAUGGAUGAAUAUUACCUGCCUGACUGUCUUUUUGCAGUCAUGUUGUGCACAAAAAGCCUUUGGAUACACUGUAAAUUCUUUGACAUGGUUAGUGCCAAACCGAAAAAUCCUUGCCUGCCUCAUUUUUUUUUGUUUUUUAAAUUUUCAGUACAGAAUCAGAAUGAAGAUAGGGCAUCUAACACUUGCAUAAUAAUAUAUUAAAGCUAUUAUAUCUUUCACAUGUUAAACUUAAUUUAUCUGGACGUAUUCUUGUUUAUUAAGUGAAAAUGAAAUAAAUACCGUAUAGUAUUUAUUAAUGUAGAGAUGCUACUUUUUUUUUUUCAAAAUUAGUCAAAUAUGACUUGUUGCCAUGUAAACUUUCAGUGUAUUACCUGUUUGUUGCAGUGUUUGUUUCUAAGUGUGCAGUUAAUGCAGAUGAUUUGCAGAAUCAUACCGUUAGCUUGCAAGCUUCAUUUUUUUUAGAGAUUUCACCAUGCUAAUGUUUGAGCGUGUUGAAGUGAUCCUUAGUGACCCGUGCAUCCUGUAAACCACAUGGUGGGUUGUAACGUGACUUGUUGACACGAUAUUAUCAGCGAGAAGCCAUUGUGAAAUGGCAUGUAUUCCAAUAUCUACUCAUUACACUCGAAUGUAAACUGAAGACUGAAGACCUGGUUCUGAACAUAUAUGUAUCACAUUCCCAUUCACUGCUGUCUUUAGCCUUAUCUGAUGACUGCGAUAUAAGCAUUAGUGGGUGUUCAGACUGAAAACGGCACUGUGUUAAAAAUACAGAGGGCUAACAGUAAGACAAUGUGACUGCGCCUUGAGUGGAAGAGUUCAAAAUGUUUUAACUUUUAUGCACGACUAAAAGCCGCCAGAAAAAUGCAUCACGCCGCAGCAAGACAGGAGUGUUAACAGGUGCGCUGCAAGGGAACCAGUGAUUAUGCUGGCGACGCUUUUCUUGCAAUGAGUCUCAGUGUGAUCGGCCCCUUAGGCACCAAAACUGCAUGCUUACGUUUAGAAAAAAAGAUCUUGGUUUAGGUUAAAAUGAGAACAUUUGUUAUGUAAUUAUAUUAACAUAACUUCCAUCAAGUAAUAAACUCUCCUGAGUGAAAGUCCUGUGAUUCUAUAACUAAAAAGUUCUGGUGGAACUCAUUUAGUCCUACAUCUCGAUGAUUUUGUAGUUGUAGUAAGUAGUUGUAGUAAUAUUGUUAUAGAGGUGUGCACUUACCUUUUUUGAUUGGCUUGUGCAGUGCGUUUUCAUGAUAGCAUUACAGCAAAAUUUGACUCAGGUUGAACUCUUAGCAGGACGACCAUGUGUUUUUUGCCGGAGUCUGCUGCAACAAAACAGCGACUUCACUCAAAUGCAUAAGGGUGAUAAUUUUCUUUUUUUUUUAUAUAGUGCUGAAGUCAGUCUGAACACAGCCUUAUUCAGGAGUUAUGACAUUAUCUCACUGUGCAAGAAAGGUUCCUGCAAAAAAAAAAAACAUUGUAAAGCAUUUCGCUAAAGCAGGCUGUGUCUAAAGCAAGUCUGAAGUCAUUUACAGUGAUGUUGUCCUUUCAUCCAAACAAACCCAAAACUUUCAUGUACCUUUUCUUCAUUUUACAACAUUUUUUGUCCACAGUGCUGGGAACAUAAGUCACUAUCAGCUGAUGUAAAUAUUUUUUUAACUCUAGCCUUUCUGAAAAGAGGGCAAGUUGAUCAUGUGAGUGUGUGUGUGUGUGUGUGUGUGUGCGUGUGUGUGUGCGUGCGUGUGUGUG